AACAUGUAUAAUCAUAAAAAGAAGGAAUCCUAUUUUUCUCCACAUCUCUCGUUUUAAAAUUUGCUGACUCAGGAUUAUAUCGAAAGAUUACAAGUAUAACCGGUGAAGUAGAUACGUGCCGAUCGGCGCCCACUGCAUGACGAUCAGUCUACUAACUGCGCGCAACAUAAAACAAGCAGAAUCAUCUUACAUUCGAGAAGGCGAAUCUGAAAAUCAAGAAAGAUGCCUAACAUAGAUCCAGAAGUGCUCAAAACAUUCGGCUUUUGGGGCAGUAUCCUGGUCCUGAAACUGCUGGCGAUGUCGCCGUUAACUGCACGACAACGAAUGCGAAAGAACGUAUUCGCAAAUCAAGAGGAUGUUUCGUUCGGAGCCAAAGGCAAGGUGGCUUACGAUGAUCCAGAUGUGGAACGUAUGCGCAGAGCACAUUUGAACGAUCUCGAGAAUAUUCUGCCCUGGUUCAUAAUCACGUACCUCUGGCUAACAACAAAACCUUCGCCAUGGUUGGCCAAUAUUCUGAUACGAACCUUCGUACUUUCCCGUAUAGCUCAUACUCUGUCGUAUACAUUUUUAAAACAACAACCUUUGAGAGCGAUAGCAUUCUUCAUAGCAUUUGGAGUUACGGGUUACGAAGCAUUCCAGACAUUUUUACACUAUUGCUAAUUUUUACAUAAGAACCUCUCUAACGUGGUCUGAAUACACGUCAAAUAAACACAAUAGCAACACAACAACGAAUUACGUAAUAAUAACGACACAUUUUUCGUAUUUGGAGGUAAAAAAAUGUUCGUUAUGUCUACAGAGAUAUAUGUUGUAUAUGUAUAUAUAUGGAUAUAUAUAUCUACAGAGAGAAAUAUUGUAUGUUGAAUCUGAAAAUAUAUUGUAUGAAAAUGUAACACAUAUAUUUCUUUCAUAGAAGAAACAUAAGCCAUAUUAAAUGUGCAAUAUUUUUGUACAUGUAUUAAAUAAAUGAAAAACUUUAUCCGUGGACAUUCUUUAUUAACGGAAUUAAA